AUGAAAGUCUUCUCCAUCCUCGCCACCAUCGCGGCUGCGGGCGCCGCUCUCGUCUCUGCCCAGGGCAUCAUUGACGAGAACUCCGAAUCCUUCCCUGAAGACCUCAAUGGCUCCAACUUCACCUACCCCUGGCCCGUGAAGCUUUACAAGUUCACCUCCCAGCUUCAGCAGCUCGAGAUGGCCUUCAUGGAUGUUAAGCCCAAGUGUGCGCCGAACGGCAAGACUGCCCUUCUCUUCCACGGAAAGAACUUUUGCGGCCCGACCUGGGAGACCACCAUCCGCGUCCUGGCCCAGAAGGGCUACCGCGUCAUCGCACCGGACCAGGUCGGCUUCUGCAAGUCUACAAAGCCCGAGCGCUACCAGUUCUCUCUGCAGCAGUUCGCUACAAACACCCACGGCCUGCUUGAGGCCCUCGGCAUCGAGAGCGCCACCGUCAUUGGCCACUCCAUGGGUGCUAUGCUCACCACCCGCUACGGUCUCAUGUACCCCGACGAGGUCGACGAGAUGGUCCUCGUCAACCCCGUCGGUCUUGAGGACUACAAGGCUCUCGGUGUUCCCUACCUCCCCAUCGACGACAACUACAAGACCGAGCUCGCCAGCUCCUACCAGUCCAUCAAGGGUUACGAGCAGGCCACCUAUUACGUCGGCGAGUGGAAGGAGGAGUACGACGUCUGGGUCAGAAUGCUUGUCAAUGUCUACAAGGGCUCCAAGGCCGAGACCUACGCUCUCAACCAGGCUCAGAUCGUCGACCUCGUCCUCACCCAGCCCGUCAGCUGGGAGUUCCCCCUCGUCAAGCCCCGCACCCUCCUCAUCAUUGGCGAGAAGGACACGACCGCCAUCGGCAAGCAGUGGUCUCCUCCCGACGUUGCGGCCAAGCUUGGUCGCUUCGACCUUCUUGGACCUGCUGUGGCUUCUCAGAUCCCCAACGCUACCCUGCACACCUUCCCUGAGCUCGGCCACGCGCCCCAGAUUUCCCACCCCCAGGAGUUCCACGAUGUGUUGGUUGACUGGCUGUCCAUCUAG